GUAAAAAUAAAAGUCCCUCCAUUGUACAUGCUACAUAGAGAGCGGCGUGUUAUAUCCUGUGCGGCGGCGAGUAAAAUACAUCAUCACAGUGCCAUUCAAUAUUCAAUUCGUUUCUAGACUCAGGUGUGUGACGACAGCGUGUGAGACGUAUAGACUUAUCGGGGAAAAGUCAAUGAUUCUUAUCACAGAAAGUUGAAAGUUGUGUCUGUGUCUGCUUUUUUCUUCUUCUUGUUCUUCUUAUCGGUCGUCGCGGUGUAAUAUUCAAAUUUAAUAUUUUUAAUGAUGUGUCAAAGUGGGGCUGAUUAUAAUCAAGGAUAAUUAAGAAUUUUUAUUUUUUAAUUUCCUUUUAUCUCGUCAAAAAAUCUAUACUCUCUCGAAUUUAAAUUUUUGAAAAAUUUUUUUCGAGUGUCAAACGAGUGGUGUUUUAAAAAAGUUUUUGAAACCUGUUAUCAGUUGGUGUGAGAGAAAAAAAAAAUUAAAUUUUCUUUCAAGUAAAACAAAAAGAUAUAGUGAAAUAUCCUUGGAGAAACGGAAAUUAUCGUCUUCACCCAAAGAAAAAAGCAAAAAAGACAUUAAACUAUUAUGACUUCCAUCAUUGUUGAUUAUUCUUAAGAGAAAACAUAUACAAAAGGACUGAAAAGAAGUAAUUCGGUAUCAUUGUUAUGACACCGAUUACAACUACAACGCUCUUUACAACAACCACAACUAUAAUAACUCCUGGUAGAAAUGUGAUCCUUGUUGAUACCCCAGAUAGCCAACAAAUCGAUUUAAAUGGCGGCGCUGGAGGAGGAGUGGGAGGAGAAAAUAACGAUGCCGAUAGGCUAGCUCAAUCAACAGUUCCUAUAAUGUUCGAAACGCAUCUACCAAUUAUAAUCUUCAAAUGCUUUGUCAUAGGUUUCAUAAUUUUAGCUGCAAUUUUUGGAAAUAUGCUUGUGAUAGUGUCUGUUAUGCGACAUCGAAAGUUGAGGAUUAUUACGAACUACUUUGUGGUGUCGUUGGCGGUAGCAGACAUGCUAGUAGCCCUUUGUGCCAUGACAUUCAAUGCAUCCGUCGAGGUGUCCGGUAAAUGGAUAUUCGGAUCAAUCAUGUGUGACGUGUGGAACAGCUUUGAUGUUUACUUCUCCACAGCCAGUAUAUUGCACCUCUGUUGUAUAUCUGUCGACAGGUACUACGCCAUUGUGCAGCCAUUGGACUACCCGCUAAUAAUGACCCACACCAAAGUCAUCCUCAUGCUGAUAGUGGUUUGGCUGUCACCUGCUCUCUUGUCAUUUGUUCCCAUAUUCCUCGGCUGGUAUACCACGCAAGCCAACUGGGAACACCUGAAAACGAAUCCUCAUAUCUGCCAGUUUAAGGUGAAUAAAUCGUAUGCAAUCAUAAGUUCAUCUGUAAGCUUCUGGAUACCUGGAAUCGUGAUGAUAUUUACAUAUUACAAAAUUUAUAGAGAAGCCGAUAGACAGGAACGACUUUUGUACAGAUCAAAAGUGGCAGCUCUAUUGCUGGACAAACAUUUACAGAUCAAUCACAUACCCGUCCCAAGGCCCAGUAUUCAUGUCGAGCAAACUUCCAUAACGACGAUGCGAAGGGAGAAGAAAGCAGCAAGGACAUUAGGAAUAAUCAUGAGUGCAUUUCUAGUGUGUUGGCUACCGUUUUUCUUAUGGUACAUAACUUCGUCCCUUUGCGAUAGUUGCAAUACACCCAGAAUUGUAGUCUGCAUCCUAUUUUGGAUUGGCUACUUUAAUUCGGCACUCAAUCCAAUCAUCUAUGCGUACUUCAAUCGUGAAUUUAGAGUCGCCUUUAAGAAAACGCUUCAGUCCUGCUGCCCACAAGCGAUACUCCAGUGCCGCGUCAGUGACGGAGCCGAUCUUCCACCGUAUAUGCAUUCAACAGCUUCCUCAGAGAUCCAUAUGAACAUCCUUCGCUCAAGGAACUUCAAUUCUUCACAGCAAUUUCAAUCAAUGUAUUAACUUAGACUUAAAAAAAAAAAAACAUUAGAAAUGAAAAACAAAAAAAAACAAAUCUCUAUUGGUAUCUUAUAGGAACUCUAUAGAAGAACUGUAUGGAAGCACAAAUUUCUAUUCCUGCUAGACAAUCGUCUGUUUCAUACACAAACAAACAUACAUAACAUACAUAUUACAUUAUAUACGUAAAGUACAUAAUAUUUAUAUAUAUAUAUAGAUUAGUUGUAGGUACCUACAAUUUUUGUCGUUAAGUUUGAUUGUAAAUUUUA